GGCGCCGGCGGCGGCGCGCGGGGGGCGCGGGCAAGGCCCGGGGCCGGGCCGGGUUCGGGCCCCGCCGCUGGGCCGGGUUCGGGCCCCGCCGCCCGCGGAAGAUGUGGGCUCACGUCUGGCGGUUCCUGUACAGCAACUACUUUCGCUUCUGGCUGAAGUGGGUCGUGCGGCUGCUGACGGGCAAGUGCGAGCUGCAGCGCCUCCUGGGCGGCGCGGAGGCGGGCGCGCGCCGGACGCUGAGCGUAGAACAUUCACUGGAAUCAUCAAAAAAUAAGGUUCUAAGAGAUGCUGUACAUGUUGAAGAAGCUGAAGUGGAGAAGUGUGUCAGAGAUGUAAUGAAAGAGAAGAAGAUUGAACAGAAGGACACAAGGUUUAAGACAAAUUUGCAUAUAUCCUUGCUACAGAUAUCAGGUUAUAAAAAACUGUAUUUGAAUGUGGAGAACCUAAGGAAGGUCCCGUAUGAUUCAGAAAACGAGGAACACGAGGAACAGUUAAUUGAGCUCUGGAAUUUGCUGAUGCCCCAUGAGAACCUGAAGGCCAGAAUCAGCAAACAGUGGUGUGACAUCGGCUUCCAAGGCGAUGAUCCUAAAACAGACUUCAGAGGAAUGGGGCUGCUGGGCUUGGUGAAUCUGGUGUAUUUUAGUAAGCAUUACACCGAUGAAGCUCGUCAGAUCCUUUCUCGGUCAAAUCACCCAAAGCUGGGAUACUCCUAUGCCAUAGUUGGGAUCAAUCUGACAGAGAUGGCAUACAGCCUGCUCAAGAAUGGUGCUUUAAAGGGUCAUCUCUACAACAUGGUCUCUGGGUUGCCCCAGAUGGAGCACUUCCAUCAGUUUUACUGUUAUCUAGUUUAUGAGUUUGACAAGUUCUGGUUUGAAGAGGAACCAGAAAGCAUUAUGCAAUUCAACCAGUACAGAGAGAAAUUCCAUGAAAAAAUUAAGGGACUUCUACUGGAUUACAAUGUGGUACUGACCUUACAAGAUACAAAGAAACCUUAAUUCCUCUGCAGUAUAUGAGGUUCUGUAUUAAAAACUGAGUGAUGCAUUUGGAUGGAAAUUUUGUGUGUUUCACCAAAAACUGUCUAACAACAGAACUUUUUUUUUUUUUACAUUAAGAAAAAGAAAAUUACCAAAAGUCAGUUAAGGAAGCUUGGACAAUCAACCUCUGUUUACAGGUAUUUUUAUGCUAUUCUCCUAGGGCAGCUUUUUGAAAAGGAAGUGAAACAAAAUGCACCCAACAAACCAACACAAAAAACAACCCACAAAUCUCAAGAACCUCUGGAUUGCUUACUUUUACUUUUUUUUUAUACUUCUUAUUGUAGAAACAUGAAGCAGAUAUUUAUGCUGCGUCAUAUUUUCUAUGAAUGGGUUUGACUGUUAAUGGUCUUUUAAAAGACAGUUAAGGUUGUACUUUUCAAAUUUGAAUUUAAAUUCCAACCUUUUAACGUAAUGGUUGAAGUCAGCUUUUAGUUGAAAUUAUUGUUGUUUUAGAUUUCUCGUGUUCUUUUUUCUUUAUAUGUCAUUGAUCGUUCACUCCACAGUGUUAAAUUUCUUUGUAAUUAAGAGGUCCUCAAAGGAGAUUUAUUAUUUGUUUAUGAUUUUGGAAAAGAGGCUUAAUCCAUCAGCAUGUUGUACUUACUUGUAUUCUAGUACUUACUAGAAAUUACUUCUGGAAAGGAAGUUUAUCUAUAGAUUUGUACUAGCCAAUUCCUGUGCUUGAAAGUAGUUUAGUUUGCAAACAAACAAAAAGAACCACGUGUCAUCAGCAUGAGGAUAAGAUCCUCAGGCUAAAGCUACUCUUUUUUAAAGUAUUCCUAUUUUAAAAGCUUUUGAUUCUUUCUAAUCUGACUUCAGAUGAUGAGGAUGAUUGACUCAGAAUCUGUUGUCAGCCCUUUCUUUUAGCAGCUAAGGGGGUUUUCUUAGUGGGAGGUACAGCAGAUUUUCUUUAGCCAUUUUAUAAAUUUUUUAAAAACUCCUUUAUUGCAGCUGCAAUCCUUAUUUUGUAAAAAUAAAUUUACAUCUGAGUACAAGUCUAAAAAUGUAUUUUCCAUGGAGGGGAUGCAACUUUGAUGUGUUUCUUAGUCUUGCCAUCCUCAAGACAAUCUAAUAGAUAGAACUUCAUGUCUGUAUUGUGACUAAUUAUUGCUCAGAGCAACUUUAAAUGGAUUUGGUAUGACCAUCAUUUUGUUUUCUAAGACCUUCUAUUAAAUAAGUGCCUUCUGCUGUUUUCAA